CAUCAUACCGAUCCUUCAUAAUUUAUUUUUUUUUAUCAAAGUCAUCACCACACCGAAUCCUAAUUUCAUAAUUCAUUUUUUUUCCUUCCAUUUCUCCUAGUCUCGUUCAAUUCAUUUUCUCUCGUUUUUUUAUAUUUCUUCUCCUUCUUCGUGCGAUUUAUAUAUCGAUCUCCUCUCUCACGUAUCUACACAACGCGUUUAAGAAACAAGGGGGAUCAGGUGUCUCUCAGGUUCAGACGAUGGCUUCGAAGCGGAUCUUGAAAGAGCUCAAGGAUUUGCAGAAGGAUCCCCCAACAUCGUGCAGUGCUGGUCCUGUUGCUGAAGACAUGUUUCAUUGGCAAGCAACAAUUAUGGGUCCUCCAGAUAGUCCUUAUGCAGGGGGUGUUUUCCUAGUUACCAUUCAUUUUCCUCCAGAUUAUCCAUUUAAGCCCCCCAAGGUUGCAUUCAGGACAAAGGUUUUCCAUCCGAAUAUAAAUAGCAACGGUAGCAUUUGUCUUGACAUCUUGAAGGAGCAAUGGAGCCCUGCUUUAACCAUUUCCAAGGUGUUGUUAUCAAUCUGCUCAUUAUUGACGGAUCCAAAUCCUGAUGAUCCUUUGGUGCCAGAGAUAGCGCAUAUGUACAAGACAGACAGGAACAAGUACGAGACAACUGCAAGGAGCUGGACCCAGAAAUAUGCCAUGGGCUGAAAGGAGUUGUGGCGCAGGUGAGGGAGGGGGCUCUUUUUAUAUAUUUUUUUUGUCUUUCAGUUUCUGUAAUGAAUGAAUGUCCUGUCUGUUAAAUCCGAUGACUUAAAAAUAGGUCCAUAACGUAACGUGGGCCUAGUUAAAAAAAGAAGAGAACUCAUGCUGCUUUCUAUUAUUGUAUGGAUAAUGUGACCUUUGCUAAUGAAAUGUGUCCUGAUUCGGAAUGCUAA